UCUGAUCAUCUUGAAUGGUAUCUGUUUGGUUAUUAUAAAAAGAUAACUUUCUUGACGAAAGACUUAAGCAUUCUUUAACAUAAGGAUUACAGAUUUGUUUAUAGUAAAAAGAGGACUCAAAGCUUCACUUUUUAACUAGCUGAUUAGUCAUUUUUAUAUCCAUUUUUUCCCCUAACGAAUAUACAAGGACAACAAAUGUAGAAAAUGGUCACUAAAACUAAUUAGCAUAUGUGCUAUGAUUGCUAUUAAUCGAGUACCUUUAUAGGGAUAAGGAUGUAGAGUUCACUCCGGGGACCCUUCAUCAUAAUAGCAUUAUGGUGAAUGUAUGUUGUCUGCAAUUAAAUUCUAUUACCGUUCCUAAUUUCUGUCAGAGGAAAGCCAUUCUAUAUAUUUACCUCAUGUUAACAUUAUAUGGAUAAUGCGUGCAUGUUCCUCUGGUAGGCAGAUUAAAGAAAAUACUAAGUUUGAGCUUCUGCAGGUAUGAUGUGCUUUUGAGUGGUGCUGGCGCAUCAUAUGACAUUAAGGAGCAUAUUCUGCAACUUAAGAUGGUUGUCAUUUUACAACUGAGACCCCUGUGUAACUCAUCUAGUAUGUAGCUAUACUUGUCAGUUACCUUGUGACGGGAAAUCUGAGGGAAUUUUUUUGAAGUCACUGGUCAAAUUGGGAACAUAUAUGGUGGGAAUUUAAAAUGGAAAUGGGAAGAUUAGAGCUUGAAAGAAGUCUUAAGUGCGGUCAAAUAAUUCAUGAAGCUGCACACAGAAAAUUGCUACCAGGCUUGUUGUGAUAAAACUUCUGAACAGGAGUAUGAAGAGAAAAUGCGGGAUAAGGGUGAGACACCAGUAAUGUUCAGUCACUUGGGCCCCCCUCGAAGAAGAGCAACUGCAGAGGAAGAGGAAAGGGAUAGACAUCCAAAGCCUGAGGACUCUGUUUACUAUCAUCCUACAUUGAACCCAACAGGGGCACCACCUCCUGGAAAACCUCCAAUGUAUAAAUCAUCUAUAGGACCUAGGGUCUCAUUGCUUGCUUCUUCAAGUGCGGCAGCAUCAUCUUCAAAAUCAGAAACAGAAGAAGCUUUAUCUGUACCGCCACCACCACAACUUCCACCACCUUUGCCAGGUGCUGAUGGAAUGACUUCUGAUGAUGAUUCUGUAUUGCAACCAUCUAUGCCUUUACCUCCCCCUCCACCAGCUCCACCAAAGCCUAUUGCCAAUUUGAGUUCGUCAUUGCCCCCUCCGCCACCUCCAGGACCCCAACCUAAAGAAUCAGUUGCAAUUCCUACUUUGCUGCCUACACCUCCACCACCACCUCCACCUCCACCUCAGCGGCCUUUGCAACUACCUCCACCUGUCGCAUCUGGAAAGGAAGCUGAUAAAACUGCAGAUUCAGAUGGGCCAAUUAUAAAAGAUUCUGAUAAGGUGACAGCUGGACUUCCUCUACCUCCACCACCCCCAGGAUUACCAACAAAAUCAGCACAAUCCGAUAACGCAUCAUCUGAAUCUGCCCAGAGCAGUGCUCCAAUUUCAAAUUACAAGUCACAGAUGGCUCUGCUGGUGCCACCACCUCCAAGAGAGCCACCACCUAUGGCUUAUAGAGUUUCUUUAAUAAAUCCUUUGCCACCUGACAUGAUGCCUCCUGCCAUUGCACACUUCCCUCCCCCUGAUUUAAGGCCACUGCUGGUAGCUCCUGGUAUUUCUGGGAGGCCUCCACCUCCACCUCCCCCAGGAAUUGUUCCAGCAUUAAUUCCCAGGCCAAUGUUUGCAGCACCUCCAGGGCCACCACCAUUUCUAAGGCCUCCAUUUCAGUUAGGUUACCCAAUCCCUCAAGAGGAUGAUCUUGAUUCCUUGAGGCCCUCUGCACCCCAGAAGCCAUCAUAUGUUAAAUCAGCAGCAUCAACUGUUGUCAAGAGACCAUUAGCACAGCAUAAUCCAGAACUAACAGCCAUGGUGCCUGCAUCGGUGCGUGUGAGGAGAGAGACUGCUGCUCCCAAAGCAAAACCAAAGUCGCAUCCCCCUGCUAUGGCCUCAGUUUCCAAGCCUUCCGUUGUAACAUCUGCUGCGAAACCAGAGACGGCAACUACAUCAGGCCCCAAGUCGCAGAGUAUCGACGACUCGUAUAUGGCCUUCCUGGAGGACAUGAAAGUCCUCGGUGCUCUUGAUAGCUAGGCUUAGCAGUUAGUGAGACAAAAGGUGUUUCUGCUGACCAACUCAUUGACAAAGGGACCAUACUCUGGUGCCACCCAUUCAAUUGUAAACCAAUGGAUUGCCUGCUUUGAUUAUAAUUCUAUGUGGAAUUCUUCU